AAAUGUCGUCACAGGAUGAACGAGUCGCCGCCGCCACCGUCCCCGACGGAGCGGUUUCAACCGGUCAAACCAAUACCAAAAGCGAAAAGUUCCACGAGAUAGCCAUUGCAGUAGAACAGAGGGACUUCAUUCUCAGCAACGACGACAUAGAGAGACUCAAUUCAAUCGACAAAGCUUUCGACGGCGAGCAGAAACCGACGGCCAAACCGUUGAUCCAAAGGGUUCCAGCAACCCUCUGCAUCCCCAAAGAUUUUGCCAAGUAUUUCAAGCCGAGGGUGAUCUCCAUCGGACCGAUCCACCACGAUAAUCCCGCCCUCCAGGGUUCCGAGCAGCUCAAGCUCCGAUUAGCAGCGCAUUUCGAGAAGAACAUUGGGGUCGGAAAGGAAAUAUUGUUCAACACGAUCAAGACGGAGAUUGGUAGCUUGAAGAACUGCUACGAUCCGAAGGUGGUGGAGCCGUACGACGAGGAUAAGCUGGCAUGGAUGUUCUUCCUCGACGGAUGCGCAAUUUUACAAGCUAUUCUACAAGACGACGAUGAACAGAAAUUUUUGAAGAGCAAAAUGAAUAUUAAGAAUGAUUUGCUCACGUUUGUGUACUUGGAUCUGUUCUUGUUGGAGAAUCAAUUGCCUCACCUUGGAUUGCUUACGAGCUCCGGAAACGGAAGAAGUUUCAUGGAUUCGGUCAAAAGGUUUAUCGAUAACAACGUCAUUACUCCGGCGGAGAUGAAAGAGCAACAACUACAGCAACCGCCGUCGACUGAACAACAGGAGGAGGAGGAAAGAGAGGCGGUUCAUCUUCUCGAUCGUUUACGGAAAAGGCUGAAAUUGAAGAAGCAAAACCUUUUGGAGAAAUUGGGGUUUCGAUGCAAUCGGAUUUUCAGAACCGCGAUGGGACCUUGUAACGACGGUGACAAGGGAAGGCAUUAUUCGCACACGUUCCGUAACGUGAAGGAGCUGAGAAACGCCGGGAUUUGGUUGAAACCGAGCCCGUCAAGCUGUCUCACCGACGUGAGUUUCAGCCGCGUGUGCUGUAGGGGAAAGCUGAGGCUACCGCCGAUCACGGUGGACGACACGACGGGGCCGAAAUUCAUGAACUUGAUAGCCUACGAAAUGUGCCCGGAUUUCGAAAACGACUUGACCGUCACCUCCUACAUUUGCUUCCUCGAUUCGCUCAUCGACGAAGCCGAAGAUGUGAAGGAACUGAGAGACGCCGGAGUACUGUACAAUGGGCUGGGAAGUGACGAAGAAGUGGCUAAACUGUUCAACAAGAUGAACACUGAUUUGGUUCCAAGCCCGACGAUUUACUCCGACGUGAGACGGCAAAUCCAGAAUCAUUGUGAGAACAAAUGGAUCAAGUAUGCGGCUCAAGCUUAUUACACACAUUUUAACAGUCCUUGGACAUUCUUAGCAUUUGUCGGCGCCAUUGCUGCACUUCUUCUCAGUGCUCUUCAGACAUAUUACACCAUCAAUCCUGUAAAGGAUGAUGAUGCAAAUUCUACAGCAAAUUGUACCUGUUUGUUUCCGCCACCACCGGCGGCAAAUAUGACCGGAAAGUUAUAA